AUGUCUGAAAACAUUUGUCCAAAACUUCAAAUUCCAAGCGGUUCUGGAGAACUCGAUCGCAUACAAGGAAUUAUCAAUACUUUAAGUUCUAAUAAUAAAAAACUGAAAGAAGAAAUAGAACUUUUAAAAACAAAUAACCUCUUAAUAGAACAAGAAAUCAAAGACUUAAAAAAUACAAAUGAAAAUUUAAAAAAAGAAAAUGAUGGAUUGAAAACAACAAACGAUGGAUUAAAAAAACAAAAUGAAGAAUUAAAAAAUGAAAUUAAACCGCUUACCAAUAAAAUUCAUGAUUUGGAAGAAGAAAACAAAAAGAUUAAAGCAGAAAAUGAAGAAAACACAAAAGAAAAUUUGAGUUAUGAAGAAACAUUGAAAAAUCUUAAUUCUCAAAUCAAUAUUGUAUUAAAUUUAUUUAAAACUAAAUAUAAUACUAAUGAUCUAAUUGAAAAAAAAAUAGAAGAAGUUGUAAGAUUAGCAAAAGCUAUGACAAAAAUUGUUAUACCUCCAGAAUAA